AGAUUAUGGAGUUUUUUAAAACUUAAAUUGCAUCUAUGGUCAAGUAUUAGAUAAUUUGAAAUGAAAAAACUAAGUUAAAAAUGAAUAACUACUUACAAAGUAUAUGUAUGUACAAGUAACUGCUCUGAUUAUUGUCAACAUUAUUAUGAUUAAACUGUGCAGCAGGUUCCUCUACAAAGGGAGAUAGACUGUCCUGCGUGUGCUGAAAUUUCAAGGUUUUACAUUUUCCAUAUCUGGGCAUCAUACCAAUUUAGUUCUGCCAGAGUUUGAAAUGUGUGGUCUAAUCUUAAGACACAUUCCAAUCCACAGGUGUUUGUGUUAUUUCUUAAGGUGCAAGAGUGGUGCUUUGGUUUAUCUUUCUUUGCCAAUAAUUAGUGAUUGAGGAUGCUAAAAAAAAUCUUUGGGUGUAAUCUCUCACUCUCUGUUUAUCCAUAACAAAGAAUCAACCCCCAGUUCUUUUUGCAGAUUUUUGACUCACCGUCGGGAUAUGAACCGAUCAACUCAAAAUAGUGGAAUAUCUGUGAAGGGGUCAGAUGAUGAAGUGUUUUAUGGACAAUUAGAGGACAUUUACGAAUUGAGUUACGGAGGUAACAAUUCUGUUGUUCUUUUCAAAUGUAAGUGGUACAACACAAGCUUAGACCGGCGAGGGAAAAGAAAGGGAACGAAAGAGUACAAGAAUAAGAUGAGCAUAUGCAUCAAGGAUUUUUGGUAUGAAAAUGAGCCUUUUAUUCUUGCAUCUCAAGCAGAGCAAGUGUUUUAUGUUGAGGACCUUUACAAUGGCCCACAAUGGAGAGUUGUUGAACAUUUUGGGCAUAGACACAUUUGGGACCUUCCCCCGGAUCAAGAAGAUAAUAUGUGUAUUGUCCAAGAUGUUGAGUCUUCGGGUAUUGAUUUGGAUGUUGAAGUACCAGACUUAGACUCUAUGUUAUGGAAUGACACAAAUGUUUCACCAAAUGUCGCUUCACCUGAUGUGAUUACUCUAUAUGAGAAUCUUCAAGGUGGUUAUACUAUCAACGAAGAAGAUGAGUAUGAUGAAGAUGGUGAAAGUGAGUUUUUAAGUUAUGGUAGUGGUAAUGAAUACGAUGAUGAUGAUGGCAAUGCUGAUGAUGAUGUUGAUGAUGAUGAUGAUGAUGAGAGCCUCAAAUAUAUUAGUAGUGACGAUGAUUAAAUACGAGGGUUUUUAUUGUUAAUUAUGUUUGGAUCAUUUGUAUGCACUUUAUUUGUUUAGAUGUUUUUUCACGUGACUAAAUGACUUAAUGGUUUUACAUAUAUUUUGAUGGUUAUUGGUUUCCGGUGAUUUUUGAUUUACAUUUAAAUUAUCCCUACAUAAGUAUGCACAUAUAUAGGUGUACUUUAUGGCAGAAACAAUAGCUACAUGUGCGGGUUCAAGUGGAGGAUCCCAACCUCCACGAGAUCCCCAUAGAGUGCCAUCUUCGUGUGAGUCAGGUUCAGAAACACAGAAAACAAAGCGGAAAGGGAGAGGUUCAGCCAAGGGAAACAACAUUAUGUUAGCCGUAGCUAAAGAUGGAAAGAUCAAAGUUCAAUUUGAUUCGGCAAGGAAAACAUGGAAGGCAGUAGGGCCAAAAGCUUCUUGGUGGUCAAGCGCAAUAGGCAUACACACUCGGGACUGACUGGUUUGAGUGCGAUAAUGACAAGCUUUUUGAUGAAGUAUUGAUUCGAGAUGCUCGAGAGUCCUACAACGAUUGGAAAAGUGAUUUAUCUGUGUAUUUCAAGAACAAAGGAGGAAUGCAAGCUAAGAGACCUAUAAAUGUACGAAGUGAUGAACAAUGGCAGAAGUGUUGCGAGAGAUUCAAUUCUACAAAGUUCAAGGAAAUUUCUUCGAAAAACCUACAAAAUAGAGAAGCAAGUGAUGAUAAAAGUGGACAUGGGAGAAAAUCAUAUGCCCAAUACAUGCACGAAAAAGAUGAUCCAGAAACUGGUGAGCAGUACUCAGCUCUUGAAAAUUGGAAAGAUCAACGUUUGACUCGUAGUGGCGAAUGGAGAACAAAAGAAGCACAUGAAAAAUAUACUCAAAUGAGUGAAGAGUACCAAACACAGCUAGGACAAACAGGGUCAUCAUCUUCAAUAAAUGAGAUUGAUAUUAUGCAUCGGAACUUGAGAAGAUAUCGCGGACGCCAAAGCGGAGUGGGUCCUACCCUAUCAAAGGGUGCAUCUCGACGAGUGGAAGAUGGCGCUACUUCAACGUUCCAAGACCACCGGGAUGUUCAAAUAAGUGAAUUGAAGGCAAAUCAAGAGUUGAUGCAAGCAAAUCAGGAGUUGAUGCUUCGUGCCCUACAACAAUUUAUUCCUGGCUUUCAACUUCCUUCACACAGCUCCGCAAAUGAUGUUCCUUCUACAUCAAGUGCUAA